UGAUGAAGAUUGGCAUGCAGGCUUCGACUGGAGAUUUGGAUGCUUGCUGUUGGCCAGCUAAAUUCUCGAUGUGACGCUGUCCCAUGAUGCAACAUGUAUCCCCAGCACCUGCAGUGACAAUGAUGGCCACCCAGAGUGUUCCUCCACCUUCGUACCAGGAGAGCCAACAGAUGACGGGCACCAGUCAGCAGAACUCCAAGACCCCACAGGUCCACAUCCCAGCGGCUUCUGCAGCUGGAAAUACUUCUGUCAGCGUUACUCUCGACCCUCAGGCCCAGCUUGAAUCUGACAAGAGGGCUGUUUACAGACAUCCGUUGUUCCCGCUGCUGGCACUGUUGUUUGAGAAGUGUGAACAAGCCACGCAGGGAUCUGAAUGCAUCACAUCAGCCAGCUUUGAUGUUGAUAUUGAAAACUUUGUCCACCAGCAAGAACGGGAACACAAACCAUUCUUCAGUGAAGAUCCAGAGCUGGACAACUUGAUGGUGAAGGCCAUCCAGGUGUUGCGGAUCCAUUUGUUGGAGUUAGAGAAGGUCAAUGAACUCUGUAAAGAUUUCUGCAACCGUUACAUUACUUGCCUCAAGACCAAGAUGCACAGUGACAACCUUCUCCGUAAUGAUCUUGGAGGACCUUAUUCUCCAACACAUACCAGUAUCAGCAUGCAGCAGGAACUAAUUCAGACCUCCUCCUCUCCAUCCAUGACCUCUGUCUCCAGCUCCGUUACCCCUGCAGGGAUUGUGGUACCUGCUGGAGGUCUGCAACAGGGCAAUGUCGCCAUGACCGCCAUUAACUCGCAAGUGGUGACAGGUGGGACCCUGUACCAGCCGGUUGCUAUGGUGACAUCACAAGGACAAGUAUUAACACAGGCGCUAACGCCAGGAAGCAUCCAGAUCCAGAAUUCACAGGUAAACAUGGACCUUUCGUCUCUGUUGGACAGCGAAGACAAGAAGUCCAAGAAUAAGAGGGGCGUCCUGCCCAAACAAGCCACCAACAUCAUGCGCUCCUGGCUCUUCCAACAUCUCAUGCACCCAUACCCAACAGAAGACGAGAAGAGGCAGAUUGCAGCACAAACAAGUCUCACACUUUUACAAGUGAACAACUGGUUCAUCAACGCGCGUCGCCGUAUCCUUCAGCCCAUGUUGGAUGCCAGUAAUCCAGACCCGGCUCCUAAAGCAAAGAAAAUGAAGUCCCAGCACCGUCCAACGCAACGCUUCUGGCCUGACUCCAUUGUUGCUGGAGUUCUGCAGACACACAGAUCUCAGACAGGAAACAACUCAGAAAACCUGAGCAUGGACAGCCUGCAGUCGCUCUCCUCAGACUCAGCCACCCUGGCCAUGCAGCAAGCCAUGCUGGCAGCUGACGACUCUAUGGAUGGCACAGAGGACGAGGAUGAAGAGGAGGAGGAGGAGGAAGAGGAGGAGGAGGAAGGUAUGGAGGAAGAGGAAGAAGAAGAAGAAGAAGAUGGAGAUCAGGAACAUGACAGGGAAAGGCAACUGUCCAGCAGGGGAGGGGGAAGAAGAGAUCUGACCUUGGAGUCCAGAGAGGACCUGGAGUGGAAGGAGGUUCCCAUCAGCCAGAGGUUCCACGGCAGUCAGCAGAGCAGGAACAGGCAGAAGUUCUACGGCAGUCAGCAGAAGGGGAAUAGCCUGGGGUUCCACCGCAAACCAGACCCAGCUCGACCAGGUCCAGCCCAAAUCCACCCUCUCAUUUACCCGGGCCCUCCCUGGAUACUUAAGGAGCUGUCCAAAAGUGUGCAGGCUUUCACAAGCAGUCUCUGGCCUUGCAAACUAAACUUAUCGGCAGAAAAACCUGGAAAACCUAAGGUUUUGGAGAUGUCGAUCGCCCAGGCAGCGGCCAAGGCCAUGCUCUCUGACGCCCUGCUGCAGGACCGCGCUGGGAUUUACAGGAUCAGCCACCUGGAACUGGAGCUUCCUAUGGACAAGGUUAUCAAGUAUGUGUCUGUGGGCCUCCCACUGAUGCUGGUGUGCAUGGCCUUCACCCGCGAAAUCUCCCUAGGGCCUCAGAUCAGCUGUUUCACUCCCAGCAACUUCACGGCCAAGCAGGCUGACUACGUCGACACGUACUGCUGGGAUUCGCUUAUGCAUCAUGAGUUCGACAGUGAUGGGAACUUUGAGCAGCGUUCUCUCUGGGUGCACAAGAUGUUUCCUUACUCUCUUCUGGCCAUGGCCAUCCUGAUGUACCUGCCGGCUCUGAUCUGGCGCCAGCUCGUCAUGCCCUCGCUUAGCUCCGACCUGCUGUUCAUCAUUGAUGAACUGGACAAAUCGUACAACCGCUCGAUCCGAAUGGCCCAAAGCAUUCUGGACAUGCGCCAAAACACUAAAAACCCCCUCACAUUCCAGGCAGAGCUUCAGAGGGCCAAGAGGAAGCGAUACUUUGAGUAUCCCCUUCUAGAGAGAUACCUGCAGUGCAAGCAAAACUCUUACUUCCUGGUUAGCAUGCUUUUCUUGCGGGGCUUCCUCCUCCUGACCUUCAUGACUUCUGCUUGCCUCUACCUGGCAUACUUCCACCUCUCAGCCUUCCUGCAGGAUGAGUUCAGCUGUUUUGUCCGCACUGGUAUGCUGCGUGACCAGACCUGGAUUCCAGAGCUGGUUCAGUGCAAGAUCAUUGGACAGUUGGUGUUUCAGGUGAUAAGUGUCGCAAACGGGGCUAUCUAUGUCCUACUGGCACCCAUUGUCCUCUUUAGCCUCAUUCGACUCUUUGUGUGGGACACUACCUUCAUCUCUGUCUAUGAGGUCCUGCCAGCUCUGGAUCUCAUCAAACGCCAAAGGCUGGGCUGCCCGCUGAAUGACCUAAACGUUCUCCUGCUCUUUUUGCGUGCCAACGUAGCUCACUUGAAGUCCUAUGGACAGGUCAGGGCUCUUUGCUCUCUUGCACCCCCUCAAGUGGGCAAUGCCACUGCUGAGCAGGGACUAAAUGCAAUGUUGACACAAGAAGAAAUAGAGGAGCGUGAAGAGGCAGCUAUGGAGCUAGCAGAAGAAAUUGGGGAAGCCAAAGAGGAAGGAAAACUCAACCUGGUGGAUAUCAUGACUAUUCUGGGAGCAGCACAAGGAAGAGUGGCAAACUGCAGCGAGAAGAGGCCUCUAGUGGAAGAAAAUAUGAGUCUGGAGCCAAACCACCAGGGGUACCAUGAGUUGAAGGAGACUGCACCCUUUAGUCAUUACUAGCCUUCCAAAGGACUGAAUUAAAGUGAUAGCUAACAUCUUUGUUUUGUUCUAUCUUUUUUGGAAUGGUGGUGGGCGAUGUGAAGGAGAUUGGAUUUCUGUGGUGUGAAGACAAAAAAAGGAAGAAAGAAAGUCUCUUUUAGAAUUACAGGGCCAGUUGUAUAUAUAUAGCUUUGUCAGUUUUUAGCCUCAGGGCUUCUGUGACGGUCAGUCUUUUCUAGUCAAUGUUGUCCCAUGCUUUUAUAUAUAUAUAUAUAUAUAUAUAUAUAUAUAUAUAUAUAUAUAUAUAUAUAUAUAUAUAU